AUGAAGAGAGACAGCUUCAUUACCCCGUCCACCCACCCAAUUAGGAGCCAGAUGGCGCUUCUGGCCAAUCAAAUCAUGGAUGCAAGGAUUCUCAGCAGCAUGAACGGCAGAGCAGAGCUUUCCCAGUUCUUGAGAGUUACCAAUCAAAGCAUAGUUUCCCAGGUGAAUUCCUCCGAGGAUGACAGCCACAAGAACAGGAAGUACCCCUGCCCGCUGUGUGGAAAACGCUUCCGCUUCAACAGCAUCCUUUCCCUUCACAUGCGCACACACACUGGUGAGAAGCCCUUCAAGUGCCCAUACUGCGACCACAGGGCUGCACAGAAGGGCAAUCUGAAGAUACAUCUCCGCACCCACAAGCAAGGCAUUAUGGGUAAAGGCCGUGGGCGAAUUAGGGAGGAGAAUAGACUGCUUCACGAGCUUGAGGAAAGGGCGAUACUAAGGGACAGGCAGACACGAGCUGGUCAAAUCAGCCAACAGCAAAUAUCCAAUACAAACCAACCUCAAAACACACUGUUACACACUGUGCCAACACAACCCCUGUUCUUCAUCAACUCUGCUGCAGCAGAGAGCCUACCACACACAUCCACAUCCCCUAAGGUGGCUGCCAUCCCUGAUGAUCCCAUCCAGCCCCAACCCGCCGGCUUCCGCUGCUCAUUCUGCAAAGGAAAGUUCAGAAAGCAGCAGGAGCUUGAACGCCACAUCAGGAUCCUCCAUAAGCCCUAUAAAUGCACCUUAUGCGAGUUUGCUGCCUCACAGGAGGAGGAACUUAUCGGCCAUGUUGAGACAACACACAUUACUGCUGAAUCAGGCUCAGGGCAGAAGCCUGUGAUGGGGGCUGGUGAGAAGAAAAAGCCCACGGGGGAAUUCCCCUGUGAGGUGUGUGGACAGACCUUCAGCCAGGCCUGGUUCCUGAAGGGUCACAUGAGGAAACAUAAGAACUCUUUUGAGCACUCCUGUCAAAUCUGCGGUCGUCGAUUCAAAGAACCCUGGUUUCUGAAGAACCACAUGAAGGUCCACCUCAACAAGCUGGCUGCUAAGCGUAAUCUCCCUGCUGAGCAUGACACCUCUGUUAGCAUGAAUAGCCUAACGCAAGACCACCAGAACAACCUUUACUCGCAGUACAUCACCCACAUUCACAACAGGUUCCUCACGGCUGAGAGAGCCGAGCAUCAAGACUACAGCCAGGUACUGGCCUCAGCAGGCGUUGACAUGAAGGUUAGGGAGAUGCUAGGGAGGAUGAUUUCCUCAGCUCAAGGCCCUAUGACGGAUGCGGAGAGCUCCUCUUUACUGGGUUUAAAUCAUCUCCCCCCUCCACUGAGCUCCACCAGCAUGGAAUAUCUGCAGAAGGUCAUGUCUAACAGAGAGACUCUCAGCAGCUACCCAGGCUGGCAGAUCAUGACCCCAGGGCUGAAUGUUGAACAGCAAAUGUUCUGUCCUAAAGAACAGCAGCAGAGUUCCUCCUACCUGACGGAGAGAUGUUUUCCCGUUGACGAUGGAAAGGUGGGUCAGAGCGACCCGGACACCAAGGCCACCAGCAGGCCCGGUAGUCCAGGCAGCGUGAGUCGUCAUGGGCCGACAGAGAUCCUCACCGAGACCGGGAGCUCCCACUCUGGCAGCGGCCUCGACCAACGGCCACAAUCUUCUUCUCCAGCUACAGGUGAGAAAGUCUACAGGUGUCCGGUCUCCAGUGACUUCACUGCUGCACAGACAGCCUCCCUCAGCUUCCAUCUGGAUCGCUACCACUUCCCCCACUGGCAAAACAGCAGGGAUCUUUCAUCUCCACUGCAGCCCACCAGCAGCAGCAGCAGCAGCAGCAGCUCCAGCCCCAACCCCAACCCCAAGCUCAGACCUCGUUCCAGGGAAGGCUGGAGCCCGGCCCAGUACCUUGGCUUGGAGAACCACAGUGAAAACGCCCUGCUCAUCAACAAGCAGCCCGACAUCACUGACAAAGACGCAGGUGUAGACACCUCUUUAUCUGCUCCAACCAGGAAGUCCCAGUACGAGCCUUUAGACCUGUCUGUCAGGCCAGACUCUGUCAUGUCUCAUUCAGGGAUGUCUCCGGCUGAACUGCUUCAGAUGGCUAGCGUUUUCAGUAAUGGACUCUCCUCCUCCCUGGCCCGAAGGCUACAAAGUUACUCUAAUGCUGCAGCUGAACUCGGAGUGAAGCCCGCAUAUCAGUGUGACCUUUUGGUGCAGGGAAUAAAGGGAGAGAUGAACGCGCUGAGUGCUGGCUCCACAGGUCACAACGGUGAAGGUGAAUUUGAGAAAUCUGAGCAAGGGAGGGAUGAUGAAAAUGAUGAUGCUGCCAAGUGGAAGGUCCUGAAAAAUAAUAUCCUCGAGCCCGAAGAGAUGGGAGAGGCUGAUUUCCAGAUUCCAGGAGAAAAGAAGCAUGAGAAGGCGGGACCUUGGGGCAGAGCAGUGGUUGAAUCUCCCAUCUCCUCUCUGGAGAACCUGACUCCAGGACAGGCAGAUCAUCUCCAGCACCAGGGCGGCCUGCUCUCCUACCUCAGGUCCCAGGGGAACAUGAGCAGCACACACAACGUCAGUCUGAACGAUGUGGGGAGCAUGGAGACAGAUGUUGCAUCAGGUCGGAAGCCAUUCCAGUGCAGGUACUGCCCCUACAGCGCCUCCCAGAAGGGCAACCUGAAGACCCAUGUCCUGUGUGUCCACCGCAAGCCCUUUGACAACAGCCUCUACCCCGACCGCCGCCUGCGACGCUCGCACCAGCCACAGAGGCCCUCCAGAUUGCCUCAGAGCAUCAUGGGAGAUAAUCGUGUGAUCACAUCACUCUGUGGGACUUGAUGUUGUCAUGGCAACAGCAGAUACAGACAGUCAUGCUUAUUGUUUUAGCUUCACCUCGAAGGGGUUAGGAUGAUUGAAAAUGUAAAAAAAAAAUGUUAACAACCAACCUUGAUGUACAUUCCAGUGUUUACUUGAAGAGCCACAGUAUGUAUUUAUCUGUAGCAAAGAAGCUGCCUAUAAUAAUAAUAAUAAAGUCCGUUGU